AGUAACAAGAGGCGAAAACUGACGUUUCGUUUAGUGGAAAAUCAGAUACAUAUCUGUCCACUUUCAGUGCAAUGAAGCUAUAUGUGACUACCGUUGUGGCUCUAGUUUGCGUGUUUAAGGCGCAGGGAGAGCCCCAACCACACAGGACACCGCAUAAAGUGAACGUUGUACGGCAAUAUAAAAGUUCAGAUGGCAGACAUGGAAACCUACAAUUCGGCGGCCUAGCCCCGGGGGGAAUCUUUGGUGGAUCAGCGUGGUCACCGCCAGCACCUCCUGGCCAGCUCCCGCAAUGGGGACAGCCUCUAGGGAACUUAGGACUUAAGCUUCCUCAACCACCAGGCUUAGGAUUUGGACCUGAAGAUCUUGAAAAACAGGUAUUCAACACUCGUCAAUCUGAGAGCUCGAGCCAAAGCGAAAAUGAAUCUAGCUCGAGCCACACCGAAAGUUCUAGCUCGAGUGAAAGCCAAAGUAGUAGUUCGAGCCAGAGCGAGAGUAGCAGCUCGAACCAAAGCCAGAGCAGCUCUAGUAGCUCGAGCCAAAGUGAAAGUAGUUCGAAUCAAAGUGAAAGUAGCUCGAGCCAAAACCAAAGUAGCUCGAGCCAAAGCGAAAGUGAAUCUAGCUCAAGCACCUCCAGCAGUAGCUCAAGUCAAAGCGAAUCCAGUAAUCAAUCUAGUAGCGAUUCUGCAAUUAACUUAAAUAUUGGCGGCGCAUUAGACAGCGUUAAGGAGAUCACUAAUGCUGCAAGGGAUUCUAUAACUGAUGAAUUGAACACCAACACGAGAAUAGCUGAUAGGGGCGUACAAGUGGUGUCUGAUGUAAUUAGAAACCUCUUUGGACAUAAAGGACCUAAAGAAACUAGCGACCUAUUAUAUUCACUGACUGGAUUCCGUGAUGAACGCGCCGCCCUCAAUUACGUGCAGUCGGUCACAGGGCUGACAAACACGAACGACGUGCAGGAGUUCAUCAAACGAGUACGCGGCUCCAGAGACUGGCACUUCGUUAUAAAUUUCCUUAUACAGCUGGAGGGAACAUCAAACAUCCGUGUGGUCGUCGAGCUGUUAAGAGAGUUAACGAAUGAAUUCAAUGUAUUCAAGGCAUAUGAUGUACUUCAACGGCUCGCCGGACACGCCGACUUCGAUUCCGUCUACGAAAUACUUCAAAAGAUUUCAGGAGAAAAGAAUUCUCAUGAAAUCGCCGACUUUUUCAGACAUAUCGCCCAUACUAAAGGCGUUGAAGGUGUCAGAUUAUUCGUCCUCAAAUUGACCGGAGGCAUUGGGCCUUCCGAAUUUCCGAAAGUAUUCCAGAACUUACUACCGGAAGUUGAUAUGAAGGGAGCUUUCGAUUUCCUCAUCUCAGUUACUAGAAGUCAAGAAAUCGGGGAAGCAAUCAAGACCUUCAUUUCCAUACUGAGGAGGAACACCUUCUCUGAGUGUAUCGUAGUGAUCAAGAAGGCCACCGGACAGAGUCAACUGAAGUACGCAUUGGAGGAACUCACACAAGAAACUAAGAGGACAAGUCUUCGAGUGAUCGUCGACAAUUUAUACAAGAUUUCUGGACGUCUGGAUUUGGAAGACGUACGAGUUAUUUUCCAACAAAUUUUCAAUACUGACAAUAUCGUGUCGACUAUCGCGAAAAUCAACAAGGUGACAAAAAGGAGCGACGCCAUUUUCUUCCUCACCAGCUUGCUGGAUAUCACCAGGACGAGAGUCAUACAAGACGCUAACACGGUCAUCAAAGGUCUUACUACAAGAGAUUUAAAUAUAUUGGAUAUUUUGGAGCAAAUACGCAUCAAAUCGGGCCAUGAUGAUAUCAUUGACUUCUUCAAGAAACUGACAUCUUACACCAGCACCAAAUCUGUCCAACGAGCAUGGCAAGAAAUCGUUACCAUCACGCAAAUUAACGAUAUCUUUGAAUUCUUCGAGACCGUCUACAAGUAUACCCGGGUGGAGGUUCUAAUAUUCAUCGAGACGAUACUCCGGAUCACGAACUCUACCAAUAUCAGCGCAGCCACAUCUAAAUUCACCAAGAUUACCAAUACUAGCAGCUUCUUCGAGUCCAUCAAAGUAAUUUACGACAUCAUCCAGUAUGAUAUCGUUAAAUUCUUCGAGAGUCUCAUCACCAUCAGUAAGAGAUUCUAUUUCGAUGAAGUCAUUACGAUUAUAGAGGAAUACACAGAAACUACAGACUUCAUUGACGCUUUGAGAAAUAUAAGGAAGGCGACAGGAGAAGAUGAUAUCAUCAAGGCAAUCGAGAUUAUCAAAAACGACCCGACCAAACCCACAACUACCACGACGACGACCACAACGCCAGCCCCAACCACUACCACGACCACAACCCAAGCUCCAAUCACCAUAACCCUAGCACCAACUACCACAACGCCAGCUCCAAUUACCACCACUCCAGUAUCAGUCUCUACUAGACCGACAUCGGAAUCGGGAGAAUCCACCCAGAGUUCAGAAACGGAAAGUAACUCGGCAAGUCAAUCAUCACAAUCCGAGCAAUCAGAACAAAGUAGCUCACAAAACCAGUCUGAAUCCCAAUCCUCAUCGGAAUCUGAACAAAGUAAUUCACAAAGUCAAUCUGAGUCACAAUCAACGUCAACAGAAAACAAGAAUUCGAGAGAAGUUGAGAUUGAAACGCGAACAGAGAGGAUAAUAGAGGAGAGAGAAAAACAACAAAUAGAAGAAGAAGUCCAACAAAAUCAGUCUGAAACCCAAUCAACUUCAUCAGAAAGCGAGCAAAGAGAACAAAGUAGCUCACAAAGCCAAUCUACAUCGCAAGUAGAGAAAUCACAGGCAGAUGAAUCUAGCUCACAGAGUCAAUCUACAUCUCAAGCAGCCUCCUCACAAUCGGACGAAUCGCAACAAGCUAACUCACAGAGUCAAGCUGCAUCUCAAGCAUCGUCAUCAGAAUCAGAGCAAUCACAACAAGCUAGUUCACAGAGUCAAGCUGCAUCUCAAGCAGCAUCAUCAGAAUCAGAGGAAUCACAACAAGCUAGCUCACAGAGUCAAGCCGCAUCUCAAGCAGCCUCCUCACAAUCAGAAGAAUCACAACAAGCUAGCUCACAGAGUCAGUCUGCAUCUCAAGCAGCCUCCUCACAAUCGGACGAAUCACAACAAGCUAACUCACAGAGUCAAGCUGCAUCUCAAGCAUCGUCAUCAGAAUCAGAGCAAUCACAACAAGCUAGUUCACAGAGUCAAGCUGCAUCUCAAGCAGCAUCUUCAGAAUCAGAGGAAUCACAACAAGCUAGCUCACAGAGUCAAGCUGCAUCUCAGGCAGCAUCAUCAGAAUCAGAGGAAUCACAACAAGCUAGCUCACAGAGUCAAGCCGCAUCUCAAGCAGCAUCAUCAGAAUCAGAGGAAUCACAACAAGCUAGCUCACAGAGUCAAGCCGCAUCUCAAGCAGCAUCAUCAGAAUCAGAGGAAUCACAACAGGCUAGCUCACAGAAUCAAUCCGCAUCUCAAGCAUCGUCAUCAGAAUCAGAGCAAUCACAACAAGCAAGCUCACAGAGUCAAGCUGCAUCUCAAGUAGCCUCCUCACAAUCAGAUGAAUCACAACAAGCUAGCUCACAGAGUCAAGCUGCAUCUCAAGCAGCGUCUUCAGAAUCAGAGGAAUCACAACAAGCAAGCUCACAGAGUCAAGCUGCAUCUCAAGCAGCUUCCUCACAAUCAGAUGAAUCACAACAAGCUAGCUCACAGAGUCAAGCUGCAUCUCAAGCAGCCUCCUCACAAUCAGAUGAAUCACAACAAGCUAGCUCACAGAGUCAAGCUGCAUCUCAAGCAGCAUCAUCAGAAUCAGAGGAAUCACAACAAGCUAGCUCACAGAGUCAAGCCGCAUCUCAAGCAGCCUCCUCACAAUCAGAAGAAUCACAACAAGCUAGCUCACAGAGUCAGUCUGCAUCUCAAGCAGCCUCCUCACAAUCGGACGAAUCACAACAAGCUAACUCACAGAGUCAAGCUGCAUCUCAAGCAUCGUCAUCAGAAUCAGAGCAAUCACAACAAGCUAGUUCACAGAGUCAAGCUGCAUCUCAAGCAGCAUCUUCAGAAUCAGAGGAAUCACAACAAGCUAGCUCACAGAGUCAAGCUGCAUCUCAGGCAGCAUCAUCAGAAUCAGAGGAAUCACAACAAGCUAGCUCACAGAGUCAAGCCGCAUCUCAAGCAGCAUCAUCAGAAUCAGAGGAAUCACAACAAGCUAGCUCACAGAGUCAAGCCGCAUCUCAAGCAGCAUCAUCAGAAUCAGAGGAAUCACAACAGGCUAGCUCACAGAAUCAAUCCGCAUCUCAAGCAUCGUCAUCAGAAUCAGAGCAAUCACAACAAGCAAGCUCACAGAGUCAAGCUGCAUCUCAAGUAGCCUCCUCACAAUCAGAUGAAUCACAACAAGCUAGCUCACAGAGUCAAGCUGCAUCUCAAGCAGCGUCUUCAGAAUCAGAGGAAUCACAACAAGCAAGCUCACAGAGUCAAGCUGCAUCUCAAGCAGCUUCCUCACAAUCAGAUGAAUCACAACAAGCUAGCUCACAGAGUCAAGCUGCAUCUCAAGCAGCCUCCUCACAAUCAGAUGAAUCACAACAAGCUAGCUCACAGAGUCAAGCUGCAUCUCAAGCAGCGUCAUCAGAAUCAGAGGAAUCACAACAAGCUAGCUCACAGAGUCAAGCCGCAUCUCAAACAGCGUCAACAGAAUCAGAGGAAUCACAACAAGCAAGCUCACAGAGUCAAGCUGCAUCUCAAGCAGCUUCCUCGCAAUCAGAUGAAUCACAACAAGCUAGCUCACAGAGUCAAGCCGCAUCUCAAGCAGCAUCAUCAGAAUCAGAGGAAUCACAACAAGCUAGCUCACAGAGUCAAGCCGCAUCUCAAGCAGCAUCAUCAGAAUCAGAGGAAUCACAACAAGCUAGCUCACAGAGUCAAGCCGCAUCUCAAGCAGCAUCAUCAGAAUCAGAGGAAUCACAACAAGCUAGCUCACAGAGUCAAGCCGCAUCUCAAGCAUCGUCAUCAGAAUCAGAGCAAUCACAACAAGCUAGCUCACAGAGUCAAGCUGCAUCUCAAGUAGCCUCCUCACAAUCAGAUGAAUCACAACAAGCUAGCUCACAGAGUCAAGCUGCAUCUCAAGCAGCGUCAUCAGAAUCAGAGCAAUCACAACAAGCUAGCUCACAGAGUCAAGCUGCAUCUCAAGCAUCGUCAUCAGAAUCAGAGCAAUCACAACAAGCUAGUUCACAGAGUCAAGCUGCAUCUCAAGCAGCAUCUUCAGAAUCAGAGGAAUCACAACAAGCUAGCUCACAGAGUCAAGCUGCAUCUCAGGCAGCAUCAUCAGAAUCAGAAGAAUCACAACAAGCUAGCUCACAGAGUCAAGCUGCAUCUCAAGCAGCCUCCUCACAAUCAGAAGAAUCACAACAAGCUAGCUCACAGAGUCAGUCUGCAUCUCAAGCAUCGUCAUCAGAAUCAGAGCAAUCACAACAAGCUAGUUCACAGAGUCAAGCAGCAUCUUCAGAAUCAGAGGAAUCACAACAAGCUAGCUCACAGAGUCAAGCUGCAUCUCAGGCAGCAUCAUCAGAAUCAGAAGAAUCACAACAAGCUAGCUCACAGAGUCAAGCUGCAUCUCAAGCAGCCUCCUCACAAUCAGAAGAAUCACAACAAGCUAGCUCACAGAGUCAGUCUGCAUCUCAAGCAGCCUCCUCACAAUCAGAAGAAUCACAACAAGCUAGCUCACAGAGUCAGUCUGCAUCUCAAGCAGCCUCCUCACAAUCAGAUGAAUCACAACAAGCUAGCUCACAGAGUCAGUCUGCAUCUCAAGCAGCCUCCUCACAAUCAGAUGAAUCACAACAAGCUAGCUCACAGAGUCAGUCUGCAUCUCAAGCAUCGUCAUCAGAAUCAGAGGAAUCACAACAAGCUAGCUCACAGAGUCAAGCCGCAUCUCAAGCAGCAUCUUCAGAAUCAGAGGAAUCACAACAAGCUAGCUCACAGAGUCAAGCUGCAUCUCAGGCAGCAUCAUCAGAAUCAGAAGAAUCACAACAAGCUAGCUCACAGAGUCAAGCUGCAUCUCAAGCAGCCUCCUCACAAUCAGAAGAAUCACAACAAGCUAGCUCACAGAGUCAGUCUGCAUCUCAAGCAGCCUCCUCACAAUCAGAAGAAUCACAACAAGCUAGCUCACAGAGUCAGUCUGCAUCUCAAGCAGCCUCCUCACAAUCAGAUGAAUCACAACAAGCUAGCUCACAGAGUCAAGCCGCAUCUCAAGCAGCCUCCUCACAAUCAGAUGAAUCACAACAAGCUAGCUCACAGAGUCAAGCCGCAUCUCAAGCAGCAUCAUCAGAAUCAGAGGAAUCACAACAAGCUAGCUCACAGAGUCAAGCCGCAUCUCAAACAGCGUCAACAGAAUCAGAGGAAUCACAACAAGCAAGCUCACAGAGUCAAGCUGCAUCUCAAGCAGCUUCCUCGCAAUCAGAUGAAUCACAACAAGCUAGCUCACAGAGUCAAGCCGCAUCUCAAGCAGCAUCAUCAGAAUCAGAGGAAUCACAACAAGCUAGCUCACAGAGUCAAGCCGCAUCUCAAGCAGCAUCAUCAGAAUCAGAGGAAUCACAACAAGCUAGCUCACAGAGUCAAGCCGCAUCUCAAGCAGCAUCAUCAGAAUCAGAGGAAUCACAACAAGCUAGCUCACAGAGUCAAGCCGCAUCUCAAGCAUCGUCAUCAGAAUCAGAGCAAUCACAACAAGCUAGCUCACAGAGUCAAGCUGCAUCUCAAGUAGCCUCCUCACAAUCAGAUGAAUCACAACAAGCUAGCUCACAGAGUCAAGCUGCAUCUCAAGCAGCGUCAUCAGAAUCAGAGGAAUCACAACAAGCAAGCUCACAGAGUCAAGCUGCAUCUCAAGUAGCUUCCUCACAAUCAGAUGAAUCACAACAAGCUAGCUCACAGAGUCAAGCUGCAUCUCAAGCAGCCUCCUCACAAUCAGAUGAAUCACAACAAGCUAGCUCACAGAGUCAAGCUGCAUCUCAAGCAGCGUCAUCAGAAUCAGAUCAAUCACAACAAGCUAGCUCACAGAGUCAAUCCGUAUCUCAAGCAGCAUCAUCAGAAUCAGAGGAAUCACAACAAGCUAGCUCACAGAGUCAAGCCGCAUCUCAAACAGCGUCAACAGAAUCAGAGGAAUCACAACAAGCAAGCUCACAGAGUCAAGCUGCAUCUCAAGCAGCUUCCUCGCAAUCAGAUGAAUCACAACAAGCUAGCUCACAGAGUCAAGCCGCAUCUCAAGCAGCAUCAUCAGAAUCAGAGGAAUCACAACAAGCUAGCUCAAAGAGUCAAGCUGCAUCUCAAGCAGCUUCCUCACAAUCAGAUGAAUCACAACAAGCUAGCUCACAGAGUCAAGCCGCAUCUCAAGCAUCGUCAUCAGAAUCAGAGGAAUCACAACAAGCUAGCUCACAGAGUCAAGCCGCAUCUCAAGCAGCAUCAUCAAAAUCAGAGGAAUCACAACAAGCAAGCUCACAGAGUCAAGCCGCAUCUCAAGCAUCGUCAUCAGAAUCAGAGCAAUCACAACAAGCUAGCUCACAGAGUCAAGCUGCAUCUCAAGUAGCCUCCUCACAAUCAGAUGAAUCACAACAAGCUAGCUCACAGAGUCAAGCUGCAUCUCAAGCAGCGUCAUCAGAAUCAGAGGAAUCACAACAAGCAAGCUCACAGAGUCAAGCUGCAUCUCAAGCAGCUUCCUCACAAUCAGAUGAAUCACAACAAGCUAGCUCACAGAGUCAAGCUGCGUCUCAAGUAGCCUCCUCACAAUCAGAUGAAUCACAACAAGCUAGCUCACAGAGUCAAGCUGCAUCUCAAGCAGCGUCAUCAGAAUCAGAGGAAUCACAACAAACAAGCUCACAGAGUCAAGCUGCAUUUCAAGCAGCUUCCUCACAAUCAGAUGAAUCACAACAAGCUAGCUCACAGAGUCAAGCUGCAUCUCGAGGAGCGUCAUCAGAAUCAGAGGAAUCACAAGAAGCUAAUGCACAGAGUCAGUCUGCAUCCCAAUCAGCCGCAUCGUCUUCUGAGAAUUCAUCAGAGAAUGCGCAAUCAGAACAAGCUAAUGCACAAAGUCAGUCUGCAUCCCAAUCAGCUGCAUCGUCGUCUGAGAAUUCAUCAGAGAAUGCGCAAUCAGAACAAGCUAAUGCACAAAGUCAAUCUGCAUCCCAAUCAGCUGCAUCGUCUUCUGAGAAUUCAUCAGAGAAUGCGCAAUCAGAACAAGCUAAUGCACAAAGUCAGUCUGCAUCCCAAUCAGCUGCAUCGUCGUCUGAGAAUUCAUCAGAGAAUGCACAAUCAGAACAAGCUAAUGCACAGAGUCAGUCUGAGUCUCAAUCAGCCUCUCAAAAUGCUGCUAAUGAAUCUUCACAACAAUCAGUUCAACAAGAGUCAGAGGCGACUGGACCUACACAACCCAUUCAACCAACUCGACCGACCGUAUCUACCCAGCCAACUGACCCGACCCAACCAACUCAGCCAACUCUUCCAACUGAACCCACCCAACCAACUCAACCUACCGUACCAACCCAACCAACUCUUCCAACUGAACCCACCCAACCAACUGUACCAACUCAACCUACUCAACCAACACAGCCAACUCUUCCGACUGAACCCACCCAACCAACUGCACCAACUCAACCUACUCAACCAACACAGCCAACGCUUCCAACUGAACCUACCCAACCAACUGCACCAACUCAACCUACUCAACCAACACAGCCAACUCUUCCAACUGAACCCACCCAACCAACUGCACCAACUCAAUCUACUCAACCAACACAGCCAACUCUUCCAACUGAACCUACCCAACCAACUGCACCAACUCAACCUACUCAACCAACACAGCCAACUCUUCCAACUGAACCCACCCAACCAACUGCACCAACUCAACCUACUCAACCAACACAGCCAACUCUUCCAACUGAACCCACCCAACCAACUGCACCAACUCAACCUACUCAGCUAACUGAAACAGCACAAAGUAAGGAGGCAGAAUCAGAAACAAAUAGCGCAGAACAAUUACAACGAAGUAGCAGUUCUGAGGCGCAGUCAGAAGCAAAUAGUGAAGAACAAUCACAGCAAACAGAAUCCCAAGAAAACAGCAGUUCAGAAGAACAGUCAGAAGCAAACCGUAACGCAGAAUCCCAACAAAGUGCCAGUUCAGAAGCACAGUCAGAAGCAAGCCGAGAAGCAGAAUCCCAACAAAGCAGCAGUUCUGAAGCACAAUCUGAAGCAAGCCGAGAAGCAGAAUCUCAACAAAGCAACAGUUCUGAAGCACAAUCUGAAGCAAGCCGAGAAGCAGAAUCCCAACAAAGCAGCAGUUCUGAAGCACAAUCUGAAGCAAGCCGAGAAGCAGAAUCCCAACAAAGCAGCAGUUCUGAAGCACAAUCUGAAGCAAGUCGAGAAGCAGAAUCCCAACAAAGCAGCAGUUCUGAAGCACAAUCAGAAGCAAGCCGAGAAGCAGAAUCCCAACAAAGCAGCAGUUCUGAAGCACAAUCUGAAGCAAGCCGAGAAGCAGAAUCCCAACAAAGUAGUAGUUCUGAAGCACAAUCUGAAGCAAGUCGAGAAGCAGAAUCCCAACAAAGCAGCAGUUCUGAAGCACAAUCUGAAGCAAGCCGAGAAGCAGAAUCCCAACAAAGCAGCACCUCUGAUGCACAAUCAGAAGCAAGCCGAGAAGCAGAAUCCCAACAAAGCAGCACCUCUGCAGCACAAUCUGAAGCAAGCCGAGAAGCAGAAUCCCAACAAAGCAGCAGUUCUGAAGCACAAUCAGAAGCAAGCCGAGAAGCAGAGUCACAACAUAACAGCAGCUCUGAGGCACAGUCAGCUGCAAAUGAAGAUGAAAUAGAACAAUCUUCCAGUCCUGUGGGCCCACCAGUCAGGCCAGGAACUGGUGGCAAAUUGGCUGUGCAGCAAGGAAAGAAAGAAAUCCUGCACGCAUUGGAAACGAGUAUGAACUUAAAGAUUCUAAUACUACCAAACGGUCCAAAACAGAAGAACUGCUAUUGUACCUGCGAGAGUGAUGCCACACCAAAAUUAGUUCCUGUGAAGGACUUGCCAGCUGAAAUAACGGCAAUAGAAUCCUAAAUAAAAACUUUAAAAAAUAUUUAAUAAUAAAAAAAAUAUAUAAAUAGAAUAUUUUAUAUUUAUGUGCAUGGUCGUAGCUAGGAAGUCAUCGAGGGGCAAUGCCCUUCCUUAAAAGGCCCAAUGUCUUACCUAAAAAUGAAAGGCCCAAGAAAAUUAGACAGAUUCGUCACUUAAAUAUGGCUUCUGCCCUACCUAAAAGUUCUUUUGCCCUACCUUAAACUUGAUUCUAGAUACGGCCUUGUUUAUGUGUAAUUAUUUUUCAACUUCUCUAUUAACUAAAUACAUAAAUUAAAAUAAUGUUAAACUAUAUAAUAUAUACCUAAAUAUAGUUAAUAAAACAUAAAAUAGUGUUAUAUGAUAUUAAAAAAUAUAUUUUUAAUAAUAAAAUGAUAAGAAACAAUAAUUAUAAUUAGUCAAUUGUAUUAAUUAAAUGAUUUCUUGUUAAACUGUGUAGUUAUGUUUAUCAUAUAGUUGUGAUUGCUUGAAUAUUUAAAGUAUUAUUACUUACAUAAGACUUAUGUAUUUUCAAGCAAUAAAUAUUUGUAUAUUUUUUGUUUU